ACUACAGGAGGAAAAGUUUUGAUCAAACUCUGGAAUGACACCCUUUAAGUAAAUAAGACUAGAGAGUUACGUCCACUUGUCUCAUAGCACCGCCAGCCAAGAUGAUAUAUGACAGAAGAAUACGACUGCACCCUUACUUAUUUAUCAUGUACCAAAAACUCUUGUGUUGUAUUCGCUCCCUUGGCAUUGAGUUGAUCAUAUCAGCUUGUUGGUGUCGUGGGACAUUCGACCUCCGUUAUUUAUAGGCCAGAAGAUAUUUGCCUUUUUAGUCCUCGGAGUUUAUUGUAUUGUGUGUUCUUGUGCUGGAAGAUUAUCACCACCAUUUCCAUGGCAAUAUCUCAAAGACAUGACACUCUGAAGAAUUAGAAAGAAAGAGAAAGCUUCAAUGCUUUAGCUUCAACUUUCAAAAGGACCAAACUAGCCAGUCCCUGAGAAUAGUAAUUGAAGUAUCUUCGUGUACGUUUCUGCCAUAAAUCCACGAGAAUCCACCAAGCUGGCCACGUGACGCCCGGGGUACCAUGUCUAGCAGCGUUGGACAACGAAACUUUGCGUCAUUCAAAAGCCGCCUGGUUGCAAUAAGACAUUCCGACGAGUGCAAAAAGCAAAUCGCAGACGGCGAUGAAGUACGUUCCCGCUCUAGCUUUGUCUCGUGUGCAAAGGGAAAGAUGAGGACCAAGUCGGCGGUGUCUGGCGUGACUAGGGGGGAGCCAUGGUUCGAUGUGAUCAAACCGAGCGUCAACCAAGAGCAUCCAGACCUACAGCUUGAAUACAGCCCAGGACAAGAUUGUCUGGCGGUAGAGCCUGUACAUCAUAUCAAGAGAACGCCCCUCGAGGCGCCACACACCUGGGAAAAGCUGAUAACCCAAUCAGAGAUGAUGUUGAACGACUUAGAGCCCUUUACGACUCAGCAAACUAAGAGCCCCUGCAAGCGGAUCUUCAACUCCAGCAAGGAGUUCCUCACAGUGCUGGAGGAAUUCUACUAUCCCAAAGAAGUGGUGAACUCUCAUAAUCAGACCAUAAAACAUAAAGAUGACCUUCAACCUAUCGCCAACCGCAUUAUAGGCAAGGUGAAGGCCAUCGGUGCUCUGAAAGUGCUUGAGAAGUUGAAUCAACGCAGCAAGUUUCCGGACAUCGGAGGUGCUGCUAGAGUUGAAAACGCCCGCCGAAGGUGGGGCCUGCUAAGGUCAUACGUCAGGGAUCUGGCUGCAAGAAAAAGAAUGAGGAAAGCCUCCAUGAACUGGACUUUGCUGCGUCACACGGUCAAGGGAAUGGGGAACCUCGAAAGGUCAAGACAUGACCUGUACGUGCGCUACGGCCUGGUUCCCGUCGUCACAAAGGACGGAAAGGUUAUCAAAGAGAACAUGAUGAUGAGCAACAGACCUCAGUCAUUGGCUGCUCCUGGUCACGUGACUUCAAAGCAUAAGACCCGCCCAAUACCCUCAAACACUUCACAAUGUAAACCUAAAGGGAACUGGUCCAGCUUUCUGAAUAAUUAACCAAACGAAAAUUGGAUAUAAAUAAAAUUUUACAAAUUAAUAAAAGUAAUAACCAUCUCAAAUAUUGUACAUGAACUUAUUUCACUUCAAUUUGUCUAGCAGAAAUAAAUGUGAGGGUUUUAAUGUAAUUUCUUUCAGAUUCAGUGAUUUACGGUUGUCUGCAGUCUACACGACUAAUACGAAUGGUUACAAUUAAAUCUAGCCCAACCAAUACAGCAAAAUAAGUUACCAUCAAAUUCAGAUAAUAAACCAAGUAAAGUCGACCCAGAGCCUAUGGCCAGCAGAUGAACUCUGCACUUAAAAAUAUGUUUCUAGCUGAUGCAUUUGUUAGCUGUGUAU